AUGAAGUCGGAUCUCGAGAAAGGCUCGCCAUCCCUGCGAAGCGACAGCCAGUUCGAGCUUGAGACAACGCCCAGUAGUGAGCUCAAGGAUCCGCUCCCAGAUACGAAGCCCAAGUCGACAUGGCAGCGAUUGAUCUCCGUUCUGAAAGGAGGUGGGGAGGCCCACGGUAUUGAGCCGGUGCCCUUGGAAGAGCGACAGCCGGUCACUGCUUCAACGUCGUUGCACAUGCUUCUCAUGUGGUUCAGCAUGUCGCUCGCCACGAAUAAUAUCAUUGUUGGAUCGAUGGGCACGUUUGUGCUGGGUCUGAGUUUCAAGGAUGCAGCGUUUUGUGCCAUAUUUGGCAAUCUCCUGGGAGUUUUUACAGUGGGAUAUGUGAGCACAUGGGGACCCAUCAGUGGAUGUCGCACUCUGAUUGUGGGACGCUUCUUUAUGGGCUACUAUCCCAGCAAAGUAUGCUGUGCAUUGAAUGUCUUCACUAAUCUUGGCUACUGCAUGGUCAACAGCGUCGUUGGAGGUCAGAUUCUGUCCCGGGUAUCUGGAGGGCAUGUCUCUGUGCUGGUUGGAAUUGUGAUUGUAGCCGGAUUAAGUUGGGUGAUGGCCAUGUUCGGCAUGAAGAUCUUCGCAGUCUAUGAGCGGUUUGCAUGGCUGCCGCAAUUAAUGGUGCUUUGUGUGAUGCUGGGCUCAGCCGGUCCUCAUUUCGACUUCAACAUUCACACUGAGAUGUCUCAGGGAGCUCUCAACGCCAAGCGUGUUACCUUCUUUUCACUAUGUAUGUCUAUCGGCCUGGCGUGGGCACCUCUCGCCGCGGACUACUACGUCUACUACCCGCCCACGUCAAACGCUGGCGCACCUCUGGCUAGUUCCGCCGUAUACAGAGCCAAGUAUGGCAACAAUCCAGGCGAUCUGUUGAUGAUGGCAUACGAUUCUCUUGGAGGAUUUGGCAAGUUCUGCGCGGUGAUUAACGUUUUUGCGCUGCUGGCUAACAACACGCCCGGCGCUUACUCGAUGAGCAUGAAUUUCCAAAUGCUCGGUGAUUUCUUCCGCACGGUCCCGCGACCUGUCUUCGUCACUCUUAGCACAGCCAUCUACUGCGGUUGCGCUAUGGGUGGCCGCAACCAGCUGUACGACGUGUUCAAGAGCUUCCUACCGUUGAUCGGAUACUGGGUGAUGAUGUUCUUUUGUAUUAUAGUGAUGGAGGAUGUCCUGUUUCGCCGCCGCCGUGGCUAUGACUGGUCCUCCUGGAAUACGUCGCAGCAGCUGCCCAUGGGAAUCGCAGCCGGUCUGGCUUUCGCGAUCGGCUGGGCCGGCGCUAUUGUCGGCAUGGACCAAUCCUACUACGGCGGACCUGUUGCCCAGCUGGCGCACGGCGCUGACCUCGGUACGUGGCUCGGGGCAGGGUUUACUCUCGUCUCGUUCCCACCCCUACGUGCGGUCGAACUGUGGUAUAUGGGACGUUGA